CACCAGGAAAACACUCUCGAUCUUUCGCUGCCGCAAAUGCCGCACUGUGAGCUCUCUUUAACGGUGCAGCCAGGCACAACAUUCACCGGCGUCUCUGGGCCUCUGGCCUUGCCGCUGCAGCUACCUGCAGCCAAGCCAAGACGGAACCGUUUUGGCCACCAGAUGUGCGACAGAUAAAAACCAGGCACUUGCCGCAGCUCAGACCAGUUACGACGCGACAGCCACAGCAACAGCAACAACAACAGCAACAACAACUCGCACGCGAUCUUUAACAAGUAAUAAUAAUAAACAAAAUGCUAGCCAACUGGAUGCUUGGGCUCGCGCUGUCAUUGCUGGCAAUCCUGGGCUGUGGUCGGGCAGCCAGCGUAGCUGUGCAGCUGCAGAGCCCCGCAACGAAUGAGCUGAACGACACCCAGACGGAGCUGCGACCGCUGUCGUGGCUGCGGAGCGCCCAGGAUAUGUUCGCCAGCCCGGCGGGGCAUGUGGUCGUCCAGGUGGCCAAGGAGCUGCUGCAUCGCUCCGCGGGCAAUAGUCAAGUGCUCAGCUUGAACCUCACCAAUCUGCUGAUCAUAGUGCUGCUCAAGGUGCUCAUCUUCUCGGCCGGCCUGCUGGGAGCGGGCCAUUGGAGCGGCGUGGGCUAUGGCCAUGGCUAUGCGCGCUCCGCGUCGCGCAUCGACGGCACCUAUGGCCUGGGCCUCAGCUCCGGCGAUGAUUAUCUCAUAAUGGGCUUUCUGGCCGCCCAGGGCGCCGGCCAAGACGACUGUCUGUAUGCCGCGGCCUGCGCCUGCCCCAACGCGGCCUACGAGUACGCCAAGGCGGGCCGCGCGCUGCUGGGCGCCAUCGAUGUGUUCCAGGGCGCACCGCUGGAGAAGCCGCGCUACAACGACCUCAUCGUGCUAAUGGAGCGCGCCGCCUACGACGGCUAUCGAGGAGCCAACUGCAACACCACUCAGUCCUGCGAUGGCCUCUUAUAGCCCGCCUGCCCCGCCUCCAGCGCCUAAUAUACUAAUACUCCCGGUUCAAUUAUUGUAGUACAAAUGAAAUAUUUAUUUAAAUAGUGCUAUUGUAGUAUUGCUUUUGGCUGCGGCUUUAUGGUGGUGUGUGUGUGUGUGCUAGUGUGUACGUGUGUGUGUUAUGUACAGUCUCAACGGUUCAGCAUGGAAAUACACGUGUGAUUUAACUAAGUGCUACAAUUUAA